AUGGAUGGAAGUCAGGCUCACGGAUCCCAGAAGAGAGGGUUGAGGACGUUGGAGGAUUCUCUCUUUGAACUGGAGGAGUUGGAGAAGCAAUUGUACAUUUUUAUGGUGUUUCCAUGUUCUGAAGACAUGUCUGACAUGGACUCUGUUGAGAUUGCAGUACCUGAAGAGAAGCAAACAAAUCAAAGAUGUCCUGAACCUCUAGGCGAAAUAGCUUUGAUUAGGCAUCAGUCUAAUAUUUGGGUUUUUCUCAAGAGAAAUGCCUUUGUCAUUCUCACAAUGACUGCUGUAGGGAUUGGCCUGGGCUUCGCUCUGCGACACAUUAACAUGGCAGCAAGGGAAAUCAAAUGUUUAAUGUUUCCUGGAGAGAUGCUGCUGAGAAUGAUGCAGAUGAUGGUGCUCCCACUUGUUGUUUCGAGUGUGAUUGCAGGCCUGUCAAAUGUUGACAGAAGGGCUUUUGGGAAAAUCGGGCUUCGGACCUUCAUCUAUUAUUUCCUCACCAUUGUUAUGGUUGUUUUCACCGGCAUUUCCCUGGUGGUUCUCAUCCAGCCAGGAAAAUCAUCCUGGCAAGCCUCAAAGUCCUCUGCUGGUAAAAAAGAGGCUCUGCAGAGCGUGGAUGCUUUCCUGGAUCUGAUCAGAAAUAUUAUCCCCUCAAAUCUGGUGGAAGCUUGUUUCAGAAAAUACAAAACAGUUUAUCGCAGCAGGGAGUCUGCAGUAAAGCAUCUGGAAGUCAUCAAUGUGACUACAGAAACACCAAUGUCAGGAACUUCUGACGGCAUCAACAUUGUGGGUCUGUUGGUGUUCUCCAUCGGCUUUGGCCUCAUCCUGAGCAGUAUGGGGACAGAGGGAAAACCUCUGAGGGAUUUAAUCAACUGCUUGAAUAAAACCAUUAUGCUUCUUGUUAAAGUAGCCAUCUGGUAUUCACCGGUGGGAAUUAUCUUCCUGAUGGCGGGGCAGGUUGUUAAAAUGACGGAUGCAGCAGAUAUAAGUCGUGAUGUUGCCAUGUACACUCUCACUGUGAUUACUGGGUUGAUCAUCCAUGGCUGCGUCACGCUACCGCUCAUCUAUUUUAUAGUCACAAGAAAGAAUCCCUUGAGGUUUUAUGGAGGCAUCCUCCAGGCUCUCAGCACAGCCUUUGGGACUUCAUCCAGUUCUGCCACCUUGCCUGUUACUCUCCACUGUAUGGAGGAAAAUCACAAGAUGGACAAACAGGUGACUCGCUUCAUGCUCCCUAUAGGUGCCACAAUGAACAUGGAUGGUGCAGCCCUGUAUGAAGCAGUGGCUGCUUUAUUCAUAGCCCAGGUCAAUGACAUGGACUUCAACCUUGGGCAAAUCAUUGUUCUCAGUUUGAUUGUCACAGCAGUCAGCACUGGUUCAGCUGGUAUCCCACAGGCUGGAAUGGUAUCAAUGCUGAUUGUACUGUGCUCAACUGGACUGCCCACUGAAGACAUAUCUCUGCUCCUCAUGGUUGAUUGGAUUGUGGAUCGUAUAAGAACUGCCAUCAAUGUACUGGGUGAUUGCAUCGGUGUUGGUGUGGUCCAGCAUCUGUCCAGACAUGAACUGCAGAAAUCCAGUCCUGCAGAAACAAGAUUCCUGACGGAAGAAAACCCAACAUCCAAGAGCAUAAUUAUCAACAUGGAAUAAAUUCAUGUGAUGAGUUUCUUUUUAUAAAAACAAAUCAUGGGAUGAAGAAAUCAUUGCUUGUUAGAGUUAUUUUAACAACAUUAAUAAAACUUCCAGAGUCUAUGAGAAAAGAGGGUUUUUUUUCUGAUUUGAGUAUUUUAUUUAUGCUUCUGAUGGUUUCAUAACAUGGUCUUAAAAAGACGAGACUGUCGUGAAUAUUUGUGGAGGAGGACUCAAAUCCAGACAGGAAGAGGGCACAAUGGUAUGUGUAACAACUUUAUCCCAAUAAAAUGCAUCAAAGUUUGUAGUAGUAACACAACAAUAUGUUAAAAAAAAAGUUUAAGAGGUAUGAGUACUUUGCAAGGUAUGUUAUAAAUCUGACCCUUGUCAUAGUAUAUUUUAUUAUGUGAAAUAUGUCCAUGAACAAAUGAAAUGGACUUCCAUCCUGUCACUGUACAAAUAAGAUCUGGUGCCAAGUCUUUACAACAUGUCUUUAUUUUCCUCUCAGAAAAGUCUGUGAGUUGUUGUUUCUUUGCCUGAACUGUGAUUAUAGCUGGUGUUUUUACAUCAAACGUGCUGAG